UAUGAGCAUAAAUUAAUCAAAUGAAAGAUAAAAACUACCUCCAAUUAAAUUAGAUUCAGGGGAUGUGUAUGAUGGAGAAUGGAAGAACGGGAAGAAGGAUGGUUUUGGUAAGUAUGAGACAAUUGAUAAAUCCAUUUAUGAAGGGGAAUGGGUGGAUGAUAAAAUUGAGGGAAAAGUAUAAAAUGCAUUAUUUUAGGGGAAAAUACUUCAUGCAGAUGGAAAUUGUUAUGAUGGAGAAUGGAAAAAUGAUUUCGCUUAUGGAAAAGGUACUUAUAUUCGCCCUAAUGGGACAAAAUAUGAAGGAGAAGUAAAUUUUGUUUUAGAGUGUUAAGUGGGAAAAUAAUAAGGAAAAUGGAAUGGGGCUUGACAGUUUGGAGGAUGGAACUUAAUAUGAAGGUUAAUAUUUUUAAGGAAAAAGACAUGGCAAAGGGAUUCUGAAUUUUGAAGAUGGAUCAAGAUAUGAAGGUAAAUUUUUAGAUUUAAUUAUAAGGAGAAUUUUAAUUUGGUUAAAUUAAUGGUUUUGGUACUUACAUUUGGCCUGAUAAAAGAUUUUAUAAAGGGUAAUGGAAUAACAAUAUGAUGCAUGGGAAAGGAUAUUUCAUUUAGAUAGACGGAAAAACAUAUAAUGGUGUAAUCAAUUAGUUUUUAGUAUAGGAAUACAAGGACGAUUAAAAGCAUGGUAAAGGAGUUUACAGAUGGCCUGAUGGAAGUAUAUUUAAUGGCACUUGGGUUUAAGGUAAUGAAAUAUUAAAUUGAAAAAGGAAAAUAAAAUGGAGUUGGAAUUUUUUAGUCAAAAAAUAAAGAAGUAAUAGUGGGAUUAUGGGAUUAAGGAAAUUUAGUUUCGUUGUUUGAAUAAUCUGAAAUAGAUUAAUUAAUUAAAGAUUAGAUAAUUAAUAGAGAAGAUAUAGAAAAAUUAUAAUGA